AUGAUUCGUGGUGGUGAGCUGUGUGUUUUCACUACACCAAACUCUACUCUGAAUGACCACGCUCCGGUCCUUAUGCCUCUGUUACUCUCCAAUUAUCCAACGACAUUCGUAAGUACGAUACCUUUCAUCGAUGUAAAAGCGCUUCGCGUAACGACUGUCGUGCUCCUCGAUACAACAGGCUAUCCGGAAGAGUUCCCCUUACGAUUUCUAGUGACAACUCUGACCCACCACCCGUGUUAUAGCAAGCCAGCCAAGUUUAUCAUGUUGCUAAGUAGAAAGAGUUUUGUGAAAAAACAUCUUGCGCAGACAUUUUUCCAAAAGCUUGGAAUCCUGAACUACAUCCUUGUGCCCGUGCAGAGUGAGGUUAACGCGAGUAAAGCUACCACGAUUUAUACCUACAAUCAGUUCAACAAACAGGAGCACUUUUUCCUACCAACGCCAUACCCGGUGAGCCGCUUCUAUCCGGACAAGCUGCGCAAUCUCAAUGGCUACAAGUUUCUUAUACACGGUUACGUCACAUACCCCUACAUAAUCGAAUUUGAAAAUGAUGUACUUUAUGGGGUUUUACAGAGGUUUAUCAAUUCAAUCAUCAUUACACAGAGAAACGGCACAACGUAUCUAUCGGAUGAGAUCAAGUUACGGCUAGCGAUGGACUGCUGGAUGAAUUACGAACAACCUCGCAAGAGUUUUAUGCAUAUUUUUUUCUUUCGUGAGUCGUCGGGCUACGUUGUGAUGUGUCCAGUGCGCACGGAGCGUGACUUUCUGAGCCACCUGCUGAAACCAUUCUCGAUUGGCAUCUGGGCAGUACUGUUGGCGAUGUUUGUGUUUUGUCGCGUGGUGCAGUACAUCUUUCCGCACAUCUACCGUUACGAUUUAAUCGCGCUCACCUUCUUCGGUGGCGGUGGAACCGAGUAUCUGCAGCCAUUCUCCUUCCGCGUCGUCAUGCUAACGCUCGCUGUGCUAGUGUUUUUCCUGUCCGAAGCCUACAACACCAAAAUCAUCUCUCUGAUGUCCUUCUCGAAGUUUUACAAACAACCACAAACGUUAGCGGAAUUGGCGCAAUCCAACUAUCGCAUCCUGUCGCUACAGCGAGCGGACAACUCAUUGUUUGGUGCGUUGGAGAAAAACAUGAUCCCGUACCCGCAGACGGCGCGAGAAGAACGUCGCCUCGGCGUACGAGUAUACGAGGAGUACUGCACAAUGCUAGAGACAGGAAACGCUCGGAUCGUGGUGUCGCUCGGUCUCACGAACGUGCGCACCGAGCUCUACAUCUUGCAGGAACCAGUGUUCAGUCACUUCGACUCCAUCCAGUGUGCUCGUGAUUCGCCCUUCUUCGAGCUAAUCUACCGCAGUUUCAGCUACUACAAUGACUCCGGGCUGUGGUUGUAUAUAGUGAAGCGAGCGCUCGAUUUGCUGGGAGAAAACCGAAGCAUCCUUCAGAAGCAGUGGCAGGAUGUGAUCUUCGUCUUCGAAGAUCUGAUCUGCGUCUGGAUACUGAUCGUCGUCGGUUGGUGCAUCAGCUUGCUCUUUCUUAUCGGCGAGUUAGUGCACUUUAGGAUCGUGCAACGGCGAGCCCAACGUGCUCAUUAA